AUGUUGUUCUUUCAGAUAAGCCCAGGAAGAGAGGCUGCUGAGCCGCUCAAGGGAAAGUCUCAAGAAGGUCGUCCAGGGACCAGCCGGCCACCACGGCCAGAGCUGUACAGGCCACCUUCUAAGGGAAAGCAGCCAGCUGUCAGUGAGCCAAGGAGGAAGAUCGACUGGAAGCUGGUAGUCCGUCCAGGAGAUAACAUUCCUCCCACUGGUUGCAUGAUGGAGACAGAUGCUAGGGAGUAUCUGGAGGCUAAAAGAGCUGUUGCGUUUCAGCGCUCAGCCUCAGGUUCUACUCCUUACAUGAAGGACCCGUCUUUGAGAGUUCCAUCUAAGACAGCAGGAAGAAGUCAUGGACCUUCGGCUAUUCAGCCAAGAAUAAUGGAGUCUCCUCCUUUCCCAAAGGUUAAGCUCCCGACGAUCGAGCCUUUUGAUGGUACAACAGAUCCAGACGAUCAUUUGUCAGCCUACAAACACCAGAUGUACGUCCAGGGUGUUGAUGACGCUACAUGGUGUAAGAACUUUCUGGCCACAUUGAAGGGAGUGGCGCAGAAGUGGUUCAACAAUUUAUCUCCUAACUCGGUGAAUAAUUUCACUGAGCUUAGUAUCUUGUUCACCAGUCAUUUUGUGGCAAACCGACAAGAGCAGAAGACAAAUCCAGAUCUGAAUGCUGGAGUGGCGUUUGACGCCUUCAUCCGAGGUCUAAGACCUGGCAGCUUUAAGUUUGAUUUAGUGAAGAAGAAGAUAACAACCUUAACAGAGGCUCUGAAGGAAGCCGAAGCAUUCAUCCAUGCCACGGAAGUUUGUGCAGAAGCCAAACAGCCGGAGGCGAAGAAAACUGAAGAGGCAAUUCAGCCAAAAAAGAGUCUCCCAAAGAAAGCUGAAACUUGGGCGAUGACUACAAUGACCACCUCGUCCAAGAGGAGCAGGAGAUCUGAGCCGGCAGCCUCAGUUAAGCCCAUAGAGUUCAACAAAGCUCAGUAUUCCAUUCUCAUGGAAAUCAAAGAUCAACAUGAAUUGAAGGCGCCGACAGAGAUGAAAACACCCUACAGAAAUAGGGAUAAAAGUAAGUACUGUCAUUUCCACAAAGAUUGUGGUCAUGAGACGAAUGAGUGCAAGCAUCUCAAGAGAGCAUUGGAGGAUUUGGCCCGAAAGGGAAAAAUGAACUCUUAUCUACCCUUGUCAGGAAGGAAAUUCCAGAAAAAAGAUAAUCGUCAGGGAAGAAGGAAAGAUGACGAAAGUACUGAUGAAGACGUGGUAAUGGUAAUUUCGGGGGGAUUCGCAGCCGGAGGUCCUACAACUCGCGGCCAUAAAAAUUAUCUGAGGGAACUCAGCCAGGUGAUGCUCACCAAUCAGGCUAAGACUGAUCCUUUCCCCAAGAUAGUUGUCAGUGACCAGGAUCGAGGAAAAAUAAGAACACCUCAUGACGACCCGCUGAUGGUGGAGAUGAAGAUUGCUAAUCUCAGGGUAAGACGGAUCCUGAUUGAUACAGGAAGUUCUACUGACAUCAUCAGUGCGGAUUGUCUUUCAAGAUUAAAGUUUGAUGAAAAUGAUUUGGUUCCUGUUAAUCAUCCUAUCAUUGGUUUAGGCGGAGGGGUAAUUCAUUCUAUGAUGAAAAAGAAGCUGCAAGAACACUCUUCGUAA